GGGGAGAAAAAGGAAAAAAAUAAAAUCUUUAAAAAAAAAAGAAAAGAAAAAGAAACUGAAUGGGGGACAGAAGCUCGGGACAAUGGAAGCCUGGCAGUAACUGCCCAUCCCGGUGGGAGUGAUGGUGGUGGCUGGGGAGGUGGAAGUGGAGGAGAGAGGGUGCCCGCGAUGUGACUUGAGGCAGAACUGGAUGUGUUCUAUUCAUUUGCAGAGCACCUGCUGCGCUGGGUGAAGGAAGCGGGGUGACAGCACAGGUGGGGAAGGCUCUCUUGAGUGUCAGACAGAGACCCUGUUUGAGGUUCUUGGCUUUGGCAUGGACCAGCUACCUGGCCUUGGGCAAAAUCUGAUCUCUCAGAGCCUCCUUUUCCUCCCCGGGUGGGAUGCAGACGUAGACCGAAGGAGGCAGCUUGUGGGGAAGGCCAGCACCUGGCCCAGAGAGAUAGCCUGUAAAGUUGGGACAUGGAGCUGGGGCCCGGUCUCCGCAGGGCCUGAGAGGAGGCCUUCCGGAGAAGGGAUCCAUUGGGGCUGGCUGGGGAAGAACACAACACUCUCAGAGCUCUGGCUUCUGGCAGGCGGUGGGUGUCGGGCAGCAGCCGCCAUCAGCCCCUGAAGCCCCCUCGCUCCCCCGCCCUGAGACUGCACCAGCUGAUUUUAACGUGGGGCCAGGAGUGCACAGCCCCCGAGCAGAGCCUCGGCCCGAGAACCUCUGAAAGGGCGGGUUUCAUGGCGCGCAAGGCGGGCCUGGACGGCGCCGACGGACACAGACUAACAGGAAGCUGAGCGCGGCUGGGCAGGCGGCUCGGCAGAAGAGGUCGCGUCCGCAUCUCCAGGGCGGCCCGGCCUGCAGAGGGCAGGCAAGGCAGGGGGGGACCCUGAGGCCUUCGCCUGCGGACCCCAGCGGGAGCAAGGGGCGCCCUCUGACGGGGCGGGGCCAGAGGGGGCGGUGCCUGGAGUCAGCCCGCCCGGAAGCGCGCCGGCGGGAACCCGGGCGCGGAGCGCCGAGCCGGCAGCCGAGGCGGCGCCCGGCCUGGAGCGCAGCCUUCCCGGGCCCUGCCUGAGCAGGCCUGCCUGGCAAGCUGGGACAUGUCUGGCCCCCGAGGACGGCUGGUGGGCGAUGGAUGCGGUGGUGGAGGGGCUGGAGCCCCAGGCGGCUACUGCAGAAGAUGCUGCAAGAGAUGCUACAGAUGCUGUGGAUGCAGGGCCCGGGGUGACCCCUCUCCUGGCUGGGAACCGGCUGAGCCUGGACCUGUACCCCAGGGGCUGCCACCGGCUGCUGCACCUUUGUGCUCAGCAGCCCCAUCAGCUGCUGGAGGUGGAGUUCUUGCAGCUGAGCGGCCACGAAGACCCUCAGCUGCUGGAGGCCACCCUGGCCCAGGUGCCAGGGAGCCUGCUGCGCCUCCGCUCCCUGGUCCUCAAAGGUGGGCAACGCCGGGAUGCAGGGGGUGCCAGCCUCCGGGGCUCCCUGACCACGCUGCCAGCCGGCCUGAGUGGCCUGGCCUGCUUGGCUCACCUGGAUCUGAGCUUCAACAACCUGGAGACACUGCCGGCCUGUGUCCCGCAGAUGCGCAGCCUGGGUGCCCUCCUGCUCUCUCACAACCGCCUCUCAGAGCUGCCUGAGGCCCUAGGGGCCCUCCCUGCCCUCACCUUCCUCUCUGUGACCCACAACCGCCUGCAAACUCUGCCCACGGCUCUGGGGGCCUUGACUACCCUGCAGCGCCUUGAUCUCUCUGAGAACCUUCUGGACACUCUGCCCCCUGAGAUCGGAGGCCUGAGCAGCCUUGCUGAGCUCAAUCUGGCCUCCAACCGGCUGCAGAGCCUCCCGGCCUCCCUUGCGGGCCUUCGGUCCUUGCAGCUCCUUGUUCUGCACAGCAACCUGCUGGUCUCGGUGCCUGCCGGCCUGGACCGCCUCCCGCUGCUCACCCGGCUGGACCUGAGGGACAACCAGCUCCGGGACGUGCCCCCUGAGCUCCUGGACGCCCCCUUUGUGCGCCUUCAAGGGAACCCCUUGGGCGAGGCCCCGCCAGAUCCCUGCAGUCCCCCAGGGACACCCGUGGUCCGGGAAAUGCCCAGACUAUUCCUGACCUCAGAUUUGGACAGCUUCCCUGUGACCUCCCAAGGCUGCUCCGUGACCCUGGCCUGUGGUGUCCGCCUGCAGUUCCCCGCUGGGGCCACUGCUACCCCUGUCACCAUCCACUAUCGACUGUGGCUGCCAGAGCCACGCCUCGUCCCCCUGGGUCCCCACGACUCCCUGCUCAGUGGUGUCCUGGAGCUGCAGCCCCAUGGAGUGGCCUUUCAGCAGGAGGUGGGCCUGUGGCUGCUCUUUGUGCCCCCACGGGCCCGGCGUUGCCGUGAGGUGGUGGUCAGGACCCUGAGUGACGACAGCUGGAGUGACCUGGAGACCCAGUUAGAGGAGGAGGCACCCAAGCGGCUCUGGGCUCACUGCCAGGUGCCCCACUUCUCGUGGUUCCUUGUGGUCUCCCGCCCUGUGUCUGACACCUGCCUGGUGCCACCAGAGGGGACAUUGCUGUGCUCCUCAGGACAUCCUGGGGUCAAGGUCACAUUCCCCCCUGGGGCCACCGAGGAGCCUCUUCAUGUCUGCAUGCAGGUGGUGCGUAUGGCCAGCAGAGAGCUGCGAGCCCUGCUGGGGGAGCCUGAGGGGGCCGUGAGCCCCCUGCUGGGCCUCUCUCAGAGCGGCGACCCCAGCUUCCUGCGACCAGUGACUGUGCAGCUGCCUCUGCCCCCUGGCGUCACAGGCCUGAGUCUGGACCGCUCCCGCCUGCACCUGCUGUACUGGGCCCCUCCCGCAGCCACCUGGGAUGACAUCACAGCUCAGGUGGCACUGGAGCUCACCCACCUGUAUGCUCGCUUCCAGGUCACGCACUUCUCCUGCCCUCCCAGGUACUGGCUCUGGUACACCACCAAGACGUGCGUGGGGGGCCUGGCGCGGAAGGCCUGGGAGCGGCUGCGGCUACACCGUGUGAACCUCAUCGCACUGCAGAGGCGCCGGGACCCCGAGCAGGUCCUACUGCAGUGCCUGCCCCGCAACAAGGUGGACGCCACCCUGCGGCGGCUGCUGGAGCGGUACCGUGGCCCCGAGGCCUCCGACACCGUGGAGAUGUUUGAGGGCGAGAAAUUCUUUGCUGCCUUUGAAAGGGGCAUUGACGUGGAUGCCGACCGCCCAGACUGCGUGGAGGGCAGGGUCUGCUUCGUCUUUUACUCGCACCUGAAGAACGUGAAGGAGGUGUAUGUGACCACCACCCUGGACCGGCAGGCUCAGGCUGUGAGGGGCCAGGUGUCCUUCUACCGGGGAGCAGUGCCUGAGGAGGUGCCGGAGGAGGCUGAGGCCGCCCGGCAGAGGAAGGGUGCGGAUGCCCUGUGGAUGGCCACUCUGCCCAUCAAGCUACCGAGACUGCGGGGGUCUGAGGGACCAGGGCAGCGGCUGGGGGCUAGCCUCUCCCUGGCACCUCUGAACCUGGGCGAUGCUGAGACCGGCUUCCUGACCCAGAGCAACCUGCUGAGUGUGGCUGGACGUCUGGGCCCUGAUUGGCCGGCUGUGGCCCUGCACCUGGGGCUGCCCUACCGUGAGCUGCAGCGAAUUCGGCAUGAGUUCCGGGACGACCUGGACGGGCAGAUCCGCCAUAUGCUCUUCUCUUGGGCUGAGCGCCAGGCUGGGCAGCCUGGGGCUGUGGGGCUCCUGGUGCAGGCCCUGGAGCGGAGCGACCGGCAGGACGUGGCUGAAGAGGUUCGGGCUGUCUUGGAGCUCGGUCGCCGCAAGUACCAGGAUGGCAUCCGGCGCACGAGCCUGGCUCCUGGGGACCUUGGCCCCUCUGGCCCUUCGGCAUCACAGUCCCUAGAGCCUGCCCAGGCCUAGACCCCACUGACUUUGGGUUGGCCUCUGCCAUGCCCUGGCCAGAGGUCAGAGGCCCCCCAUUGUGUCCUCCCUAUGUCUGGAGACAGUAACCCCAGUGCGUAACAAACAUGCCCUAUUCUGGCUGCUGCC